AUGUCCAUGACAGACGCUCCCCGGCGCACCCGCCCAUCGACUGCAACUGCCCGACCUGCUAAGGUGUUGCUCGACACGAAGAUCAAGAGGCGAUCCCCGGCUCAAAAGGCUGCAGAUGACCUUGUCAUCAAAGAAGCGAGAGAAGCAAAGGAAGCAGCGCACCAAAAGGGGGUUGAGCGUAUUGCUGCUCUGCAGGCUGAGAUGGAGAAAGCCCAGAAGGAAUUGAUCAUGAAAAAGGCGACUCCCGUUCGGCCCAAGCCUAGGGCCAAGGCGAUAAAGCCAAAUGGUAUGUUGGAGGACCUAGUGUCAGAGACUGACAUUGCCAGGGAUGUGGAAAAUAAAGCUGCAGGAAGGGGGAAAAAGAUGGUGACGAAGAAAGUCGAAAAGACGUUGAUAAGGGAUGCCAUCAGUAACAUGCAAAAGAAGCUCACUGAAUCAUCCGAGUCAAAAGUGGAAGGUGAUGAUGCACAUGCUGAUGGGAAAUCACCUAUCAACACAUCCACAAAACUUGCAUUAGGUGGCCGAGUGACCAACUGGAUCUCAGGGGUCAAACCUGGAAAUCCAGAGCCGCUGUCAUGUCCAUCCAUUGAUAGCACUUCAACUCGAGCACCUCCGUCAUCAAUUUUCUCAGAGGGCAAUGCUUCCUCCGCACCGACUUCAGCCGCUGAGCUUCCGACUAAGAUUCCUGCAGCUUUGCCUCAAAUUCCGGAUGGUGUCGCAGACGAUACUCUUACUGGCGCGUUUGCAGAUGAUAUCGACGAUUCGUUGGAGCGUGAGGAUGCUCUCUUGGGGAGCAAGAAAAACAAGGGGAAAUCUAAGGUUGUCACACUAUAUGAAGAGGACUAUGAUGUCGAUGAGCCUGAGGCUCCACCAGAGGCAUCAGACGACUCGGAUGAUGAGCUUAUGGCUCUGUCGACACAAGUAUUACCGGAGGAGCAGUACUCACAGGAGCCUAAGGCGCCAUUCACACAGGAAGACAAUCAUAUGUUCUUGAAGCGGAAAGCUAGCACCAUAGACGAUGAGGAGUCUUUGGUGUCCUGGUCCAUGGAGAUUGAUGGCAAUGCGGAACUGGUAGAAGACGCAAUCAUGAGUUCUGAUUCGGAGGCACCGCUCCCUGUCAAAACUAACGCAGCAAAGAAGGAGAAAAUUCUGCGCACAACAUAUUCAACAUCCGUUACUGCAUCUCAGGCUAUAGUCGACAGCAAGCCGCCAGCUCAUAAAAAGGCUAAGGUCAAAUCUUCCGCACUACAUGCCCGUGGUGCUCCUGCUACCACACGCCAGCAGAAUGCAGAUACUGCACCAGACAACAUCAAAGCACGCAGUGCCUAUCGCACAGUUGACCUACCUCCAGCAAUGCAAAUGGAUCAGCGCUGGGCGAAGAAUUUUAUCCCUACCAUAAUGCUGUGGGCCGGAAGCUAUGAAGAUAUCUGGAGUAUUCCUGACGAGGUCCUUCUCCAUCAUGCGCAGCUUGUUCUUAACGCAGUGUACAACGAUCUCGACAUAGUGGUUGUUCACGGUGGAGUUAUACAUUCACUCACUGCACAGCGCAUUUCAGAGUGGCGCAGCAAUUUUAACUCCACAGGGCUAGUCAUCAUCAUGGACUUUUUAUCACGAAAUUCCGACGUGAAUCCUGUCAAACUGGCCAAAUCUCUUAAUGUUGAAUGGGCAUUCUUGUUCGAGGACCCGGACAAUCCAUCUCCACUUACUGCAUACCGCUCACCCUUUGUACUGCAGUUAUUUGGCACAGCACACCUCAACGCCAUCACCGGUUAUGUGCAGGUUCCCUCAUUCGACAUGUGCGCACUUGCAACAACAUCAGGAAAACCCUCCCAAGGCAAAUUAGGGAGAAUUCUCAAAAAUUCGUAA